GGACCCAAAUUUGGAGUCGGCACCGUGUGUGUGGUAGUGUGCGGUACAGGGCCGCUCGGUAGAGCACGUACGAGUGACACUGACGCAGGCGGAGCGCGCACCUGAGGGAUGAGGAGACCCCUGUAGAGGCUUAUGAGAAGGUUUAGUGAUACCCCGGCGCGUGCAGGGUGUGGUGCACGUAGCUUAUACCCAGAGACUGGUUCGGCGGAUGAAUAAACUGCACUGGGUUGUGAUAGCACUGAUAAGUAGUUCCGGAGGUAAUACGUGGACCAGGGGUCUGCAUAGUCUCCUGAGUGAGGAGACCGCUGACGGGGAGAAUAACGUGCGCGUGUUGUGUUCUGGGUGCCGGUAAACGUAAUAUAGGAAGGAGGAGCAGCGGAGAACGCCCCCUAGCGGAGAGCACCGGACGAUUGGCGCUGGGAGUCGGAGAGAAAGUUGCUGCUGAGCCAUGUCCCUGUCUGAGCUCGUGUCCGGAUGGGACGCCUCCGUGGGCUACUCGGUUUUCCUGGCCUGUGUGGUGGUGACGGUGGGUUGGCUGUUCCGCCUGGCGAAGCGGAUUCUCCGGAGACAGUCCCCGGCACAGCCCGGCAUGGAGAUUCUGUCAGCUGAACAGAGCAUGGAGAAGCUUUUGAGCAACUUAAAGCUGCUGGAUCCAGAUGAGCUGCGACAAGAGAUAUUAAAAGCAGGAUUAAAGUGUGGGCCUAUCACGUCAACCACUAGAUGCAUAUUUGAGAAGAAACUAGCUCGUACUUUACUUGAACAGCAAGGCGUUGAUGUGGAUAACUUGAGCUCAAAUCAUGGGAGCGCUGUGUCUGAUAAUCCCCAAAAUGCAGCUUGUCGUCUGAAGGCCAACUACUCUGAAGAUAGGGACUUUGGAUACGAUGUAGGCUUAAACCCCCCUACUGAAGAGACCCUAUCCAGAAGAGACUUUGCAGCCUGUGGGAGUUCAGAAGUUGCUCACUCGUCUACCAAUUCCUAUUCUAAUGAUCCCCCUUUGUACUAUGCUGUGUGCCCUGUGUAUGAUGAAACACCGUCUAGGACUGAAAAUAUCCACAUUUACACUGAUAAAAAGGAAGCUCUACAGAUUGUCAAGAUGCUGAAAGGUUCCCGGUUCAAAUGGUUCCAGUCAAGAGAAGAUGCAGAAAAGUUUGCUAGAGGCAUAACUGACUACUGUCCAUCACCCAGCAAAUCAUCCAUGUCCUCGUCACCUGUGAAAGUUGCUUCUGCUGUUUUUAGAGAUGGGUUGUCUGCUCCGGAUGUUGAAAGCCUGAACAAAGAGAAAGCAAACAGCUUCAAGAGCCCCAGGACACAAGAUUUGACAGCAAAACUAAGGAAGGCUGUGGAAAAAGGGGAUCUAGCCACAUUUUCUGAACUUGUAUGGAGCAAUCCUCGUUACCUUAUAGGGUCUGGUGACAACCCAACUGUUGUCCAGGAAGGGUGUCGGUACAAUGUCAUGCAUGUGGCUGCUAAGGAAAAUCAGGCUGGGAUCAGUCAGCUUUUACUGGAUGCUUUGGAGAAUCCAGAAUUCAUGAGACUUAUGUACCCUGAUGAUGACGAGGUCAUGCUUCAGAAAAGGAUAAGAUACAUCGUUGAUCUGUAUCUAAACACGCCUGAUAAAAUGGGAUUUGACACUCCUCUGCAUUUUGCUUGUAAAUUUGGGAAUGCUGAGGUAGUUUAUGUGCUCUGCUCACAUCCUGGCAUCAUAAAGAACCCUAGGAACAAAUAUGACCAGACUCCGGAGCAGGUCAUAUGUGAACGAAGCAAAAAUAAAUCGCCAGAAUUCAAAGAAAAGAUUAGAGAAUGUCUAAAAGGCUAUUUUUAUGUCCCCUUAUUGCGUGCUGAGGAUAACUCUUCAUUUCCUGUCAUUGGUGCACCAUGGUCACCUGAGCAGCCUGAUAUUAUUUCUCAACCGCGGCACUAUGGCAGCCCGAAAGAUCCAUUGCUUGCCGUCAGAGCCUUUGCAGGACCGAUGAGCCCUUCUAAGGCUGAGGAUUUUAGAAGGAGAUGGAAGACUCCACCACGGGAAAGAGCUGGAUUUUAUCAUAAUGUCAGAAAAACAGACCCAGAGAGAGGCGAGGAGAGAGUUGGAAGGGAGCUUGCUCAUGAGCAGGAUGUCCCAUGGGUGGAAUAUUGGGAAUUCCUUGGUUGUUUUGUUGAUCUUUCUUCCCAGGAUGGUUUGGAGAAGCUUGAGGAAUAUCUUGGUAAAAAGGAAACAAGUGAGCGGAUGCAGCUUGAACAAGAUCAUGAGAUAUGCAACAAAUAUAAGACUCCAUCCCCAGCAGGAAAAGGCAAAAAAAACUGCAACUCUGUUUCUGUUGGAGCGUUUUUAGAUGAUGAAGACGAUAUGAGUCUGGAAGAAAUAAAAAACCGUCAGAAUGCAGCCCUGAAAAAUAGCCUGCCAUUGAAUUCUACUGAGACCAUCACAAUGCCAGAGUGCAUCAUGGAUACAACACCCCUGCAAAGCAGUAGUUGCAAUGAUGGGUCCAAGCUGGGCUACUGCAGUCCAUUAAAUAAUGACGUAAUCCUUCCUGGAGAACAUAGACGUCAGCAUUGUUUAGAGGAGGCAUUGCUAUCUCCUGUGUCCAAUCUCAUGGCAGAGUUUGAAAGACUGUCAUUGGCAGAUCUAAAAGAAGCCAACAACGAGUCUCCAAACGAGGAGUGUGGCAUGUCACAAAGAUUAAGUAGGGUGACUGUUUCUGAUGAUGAUGAUGAUCUAGACUCCAGCAGCCCUACAAUGAGUACAAAAUCAUCUGAGUUAAUGCAGACUGAUAAACCUUUUCACAGUUCUAUCCUGUUGGACCAGCCUUUAUCCCCAGGGACCAACAACGGGCCAUCCUCCUCAAUUUCUCUUUCAGGGUCUCCAAACAUGCAACUGGUCAUGAAAACACCACCUAAACACCAAAGUAAUAGGUUUCUGUUCCUUCUUGGGAAAGAGCCAACCAAGUUGGACAAUAAUGUGCUAUCAGCGGUAGAAAAUGUGGAGAUUGAUGCACAGAAAUAUCCAAGUAUCUCCAAAUGGAAGAAAUCCGUAUUGUAUUACCCCAGUACAGAACGACAGAGUUGGCCAAGCCCAGCAGUUAUGACCGGAAGGAACCGCUCUCUUAAUUUUGGUUGCAACUCCCCUGGUGGUAAUGGAUUUUCUACACCUGGAAGAAGCAGCCCCAUUCUGGGUAGCCCAGGCAAAUUCACGAACACAGCUGAUUUUUGCAGUCCAGGGAGGUAUAGUCCUGCAUACGCCAGUCACAUACAACUUCUUCGGUUGCGUCAUAUCUCGGACCAUUCUGGCCUUUGAAGAUGAAUUUUAAUGCAAAAGUGACCUAAACAAAGUGUUUCAAUACAUAAAACCACCUUCUGCUGUGCACCGGCACCUGAGCUAAUAGCAGUAUGACAAGGUUGAUGCAGCAAAUUGUGUCACUGUAGAAGAGUCUUCUGUGUCAGCGCUUUGCUUAAGGUUUUGGGGAUAAAAGAUGGAAGACCCAAUUCAUGGUGUUGGAACCUUUUUUUUCUUUUUUUUGUGUGACUCUUCAAUGUUUUAACAAAAAAAAAAAGCAAACAAACUGUAAUAGUCACAGUCAGGAAACUUGCCAGUGGGCUUCAUUGGCAUGCACGUCUCUUAGCUAACAAUAUGGUUUUAGAUUCCUAGUUAGUCACUAGCACUUGGCAAUAACUAGCAGUGUCUGACAUGUGUAGGGCUCUCUCAAAGUAACCCUACUGGAGUCUUUAUCCUUACAUUCUUGCACUACUGUAGUGUUUGAGCCCCACAGUUAUAAAGUCUGCUCUUGACAGAAGGUAAUGCAUAAUCCUAUGGUUUUGAUGGCCUUUCUAUGUUUUUUAUUUGCUUUGUUUUUAAGUAAUUGAAUAUUUGUCAUUUAAAAAAUUGGUUUUCCAGGCUAAAACAUGGUCGUUAUCCUUAAAGUAUUGGUUUAAUAUUAAACUUGGAAUAACUAGAAUGAUUGCCUGCGGUUUGAACACACUAAAUGUUAUCAAUCAUUUACAACAAAUAUUACUAUGUUGCAUCGCACAAAUGAACCUUCAGUGGUUUGUUUUGUAAUCUUUAGGUUAAUCCUGAAAGUUUAUUUAGUGUGUUUUCCAAACUGUGUUAUUUCUAAUGAGUGUUUUUGGCAAAUUAACCAAGUGUUGACUUAUCCAUUUACAUGUAGGAUAUACGAGAAAAUGGUGCCAGUGUACUGCUGGUAAGUCCUUAUGACUAGUUGUCUUCUGAGGAGGCAGCGUUCAUAUCCGUAACAUCAAUAUCUGUUCUGUUCCGUUAUAGGAGCAGAACACCAAAAAUACCUGAAUUGUCAGACCCAGCACAUAACUGAUAUGAAUGGCAUUGAAUGAACUCCCAUUGAGAAUAAUGGGGUCAGUCAGGCUUUCGUUUGUGUAUCGUACUGCACAGAAUAGUUCUGCACUGCAGAACUGUAGUCCAUGCAAGACCUGCGAUGGAUGCUCUGAACAAAGCAUCCUGACACGGCCUAACAUGUAGAGCACCAGAAUGAAACAUGGUACAGAAAUAACAUCAUAAUCUCACCACUUUCUGUGUGUAACAGGUUUUUGUUUGUGUUUUGCUUCUAUGUUCACAAAUAUACACCAGGACAGAAGUUUGGUUUUGAUUUUACAUCCUGCUGAUUAGGGGUCCAAUGUCCUUCUUGAGAUAUGGACUAAAAGCCUUUCUUUAAGGGGAAACUGUCACCAUGAAAAUACAGUGUAAUCUGCCAGCAGCAUGAUAUCAAGCCAGAGCAGUGCUGCAGAUUGGUAUAUAGGAAGAGACUUUAUCAAAAUUGGUCUAAGGGAAAAUUGGCUUAGCUGCCCAUAACAACCAAUCGGAUUCCAACUUCAUUUUUCAGAGCUCCUUUGGAAAAUCAAUGAUAGCAUCUGAUUGGUUGCUAUUAAAGGAAAGCUGGCUUAGUUGGCCAUAUCAGUUUUGGUAAAUGUCCCCCAGUUUUUUUUAUAGGAAAUGAUUCAUUGCAUAAGGCCCCCUUUACGCUGCUCAGUUAAGCAGACAAGGGAAGCGUUACUUCUCGGCAAGCACCUGCUCAUUGGUGAAGGAGACUGCUGCUAUUACAUGCAGUGAUCUCCUCCACAGUAUGGGGAGGAGCGAUCGCCAAUCCCAUCACUCAUUCCCAUACAGAAUAAUUGUUUGCUGACAGCAAAUCGCUAUUUAGACGAUUUGCUGUCAGCAACAGAUUUGGUGUCUCAAUGAAUAUUACUCUAUGUUGUUAAUCAGGUAAUCCGGUGGCAGUUUUACACAGGCAGACUAUCACUAAUGAGCUUGUUAGUGAUUACCAGAAUAUCAGGCAGUGUAAAGCAGUCUUUAAUCUUUUGCUACCGAACACAUAUAUCUAUAUCUAUCUAUAUAUAUAUAUAUAUAUAUAUAUAUAUAUAUAUAUAUAUAUAUAUAUAUAUAUUUUUAUUUUAUUUUUUUAUUUUUUUUUUUAUCUGCUCAGCUCCUCCUGCUCUAAAGUACACUGCGUGCAGCUCAGACACCAUGUUGCUAUAAUAUGUUGUUUAAAAAGCAGUUACAUUUCUGACAGAAAAAUAACUAGGAUUUUUGCACUAUUUAUAUCAUCUUGUUGAUUUUGUUACUUGCUGUAAAUACAAAGGUCUGAUUAGGCCAGUAUUAAUUACAAAAUAUUCAGUUUAUUUUUUUCCACCAUGGCAUUGCUAAGUACAGUCUAGGAUUCACAAAUCAUAGUUAAUUCAAAUCUUACUCUUAAAUGCCAGAAGUCUAUACUGAUAGCUGAUCAUAGUAUUCUCUUCUGCAUUGUAUCCUUGGCAGCCUUUUAAGAAAAUAUAGAUUUUAAAAUCAAUUAAACUUCCUACAGAUCAGCUGUUUGAAGAGAAGGGAUCGCUUCUACAAGCGCUGCCUUCUCUUCUUUGUUUACCUGCUCGCUGCAUCAACUGCAGAGGCGAGUAGUCUAAUUGCAACUAUGGCUUACUUAUUCACUUCUAUGGGACAGCUCUAGUCUGUUCAAAUGAAUAGGACAGAACUGUCCCAUAGAAGUGAAAAGGAAUGCUAUAUGUUAAAGGAAAUAUUAAUUAAUAUUUUGUAUUAAUAUCAAUAAUCAUAAAUAGGCGUGAGUUGUCUGAUUACUCUGCCUAUUUAGACUAUAAAUACAAAUACUAACCUCCUUGUUGCACACACUUUUCCUGAACUACGUGCGAAUUACAACUACGAUAUACUACAGCGGCGACUACUACAAUAAAUGACUAUUCGCUGCACUUUGAAUAAUAAAAGGAAUUUAUUAAAACAA